AUGCCCGACCCGCUCGGCAUCAUCGGUACAAUCUCCGUCGCGGCGGCGGCCGCCAACAAACUCAUCACCAUCGUCUCCAACAUCCAGAAUGCGCCGGUCGAGGUCAACAGCCUCAAUGCCAACGUCGAAACGCUUCUCUCCGUCCUCGAUUCCACCAAGGCGCUUUUCCAAGAUGCGCGUGUCACGGACGCCGCGAAGCCGCUGAUCGACACCGUGAAGCAAUGCGUCAUCAACUGCGAAGAUGCAAUUGAGCCGCUGCAGGAGCUCCUGCGGCCCAUGGCCAGCGGCGGGAUCAGGAGCCAAAGCGUCAUGGUCAGGCUGCUGUGGAACUGGAAGAGGGAUGAUGUGAUGUCGAUGAAGGCGCGCUUGACGGAUGCCAUGGCGUCUCUGAGCGUCGCCGUGAUGGUUUUGAAUGGAUUUGUCUCCGGCAAGGGCCAGAAUGAGAUCAUCAGAGAGAUGGCGAGUGGGUUUGAGAAGCUUCGUCGAGACUUUCGACACCAAGAUUCCAGUCGUGCUCUGCGAAAGACGUUGGAGGAUGACUUGGAAACCGUCAUCGCCGCUACCACAGUCGCUGGUGAUACCAGGGAAGAGAUGCUGGACCGAUGGGUCCAUGUGCAGGCUGCUGGUAGUGGAAAUGCCGCAACAGGGCCUUUCGAGCUAGACGAUCGAGAGAUCUCCGCCAUACUGGCAGUUGACGAUGCUGACCGAAUCUCGGAGCUGCUUGAAUCUGCGGUUUUGGACUUCGACAAGAGCCUUUCGAGCAGAACGAUUCUUCAUCGGUGUGCUCUGUACGAUUCCACCGGCGUCACAACCAUUCUUCUAGAGCACGGCGCGCUAGCCGAUGCUCGCGACGUGGAUCGAAUGACGCCGCUCGCUGUCUGUAUCAAGGAACAGUCUUGGGGCGUGGCGGCGCUGGUUAUCGGCCAUGGGUGUUCUCUGAAGCCCCUGAUGACCAACUUCUUUGAGCUUCUGGACACCAUCGAUGACCUGUCAUCUCUAAGGCCAACUUUGAGAGCACUAGCAGAUCGACUCAAGGACUUGGAAGAUGGACCGUUCUUGGUUCACCAGGCCGUUGAGAGGAAUGACCCCAGAUAUCUCAGUCUACUGCUCCAAGAGGGAUUUGACGCAAACAUGUCAGAAUACGGAUGCCUCCCCAUCCAUGUCGCCGCCGCAAUGAACCACGCUGCGUGUGCGUCGGUACUUUUCCAACACGGUGCAGAUCCCAACGCGAUCAUCCCAAGCACGGCAAAAGAGUUCCUGAGACGAAGCAUUCCGUAUAAUAGGAUCAUUCUGGAUGUCAUAGCCAACGAAAGUCGCUUCACGCCAUUAAUGUGCUGUCCGCUACACCAGGGCACGGAGACAUUGAAAGUUGUCCUCCAAAACGGCGGUGACCCAAACGCUCUGUUCCCACCAAUAAACGAUAACUUCCUUAUUCCGCAUUGCGCCCCAGAGUUUACAGACGCCUCGAAACUGGCUCUCGAAGCUGGAACAAACCCCAGCCACCAGAAUAUCGAGGGGAAAAGCCCGCUCUUUUGGGCAGUGGCCUGUCGCAACCAGCGGCUGAUAAAUCUUCUACUCGACCAUGGCGCCGAUCCAGAGGUGAAGACGAACAGAGGCUCCGGGCAGCUCACGGCGUUGCAUAAAGCCGUGGAGGUUGACAACUUCAGCGCGGCAGAGCUGCUCAUCCAGCGUGGAGCAAGAUUGGACUCAAGGAACGAAGCAAACGAGACACCGCUGGAGAUGGCUGAGAAUAGAAGGAUGUCAGAUAUAGCUCAAAUGCUGCGGAAGAGGGAAGCUUUGUGCUGA